AUCACUCUAACAGACGAUCUCAUUUUUCUCCCUCCUCUUCUCCCAUCAACCCUUUGUGAUUUUCUUGAGAGUCGUCCAUCCCUCUCAAGUUUCCAUCAUGAAGACUACCUGGAAGGACAUUGCGCCGGUGCCCACGAGCCAGGAAUUCCUGGAUAUCGUGCUGAGUCGCACCCAGCGUCAGCUGCCUACGCAGAUUCGCGCGGGCUUCAAGAUUAGCCGUAUUCGAGCUUUCUAUACCCGAAAGGUCAAAUAUACCCAGGAGACGUUUGGCGAGAAGUUUCAGGCUAUCCUCGAUGGCUUCCCGCGUCUGCAGGACAUUCAUCCGUUCCACAAGGAUUUGAUGAACACCCUCUACGAUGCCGACCAUUUCAGAAUUGCCCUGGGCCAGGUUUCCACGGCGAAACAUCUCAUCGAAACCGUCUCGCGCGACUAUGUCCGUCUCAUCAAAUACGCACAGUCUCUGUUCCAGUGCAAGCAAUUGAAACGCGCUGGCCUCGGUCGCAUGGCCACCAUUUGCCGCCGUCUGAAAGAUCCCCUGGUCUACCUGGAGCAGGUCCGACAGCAUUUGGGCCGUCUGCCUGCGAUCGACCCCAACACCCGAACCCUGUUGAUCUGUGGUUACCCCAACGUCGGAAAGUCGAGUUUCCUGCGCAACAUCACCCGCGCCGAUGUUGACGUGCAGCCGUACGCUUUCACGACCAAGAGUUUGUUCGUGGGUCACUUCGACUACAAAUACCUGCGGUUCCAGGCCAUCGAUACGCCCGGAAUCCUCGAUCACCCGCUGGAGGAGAUGAACACCAUCGAAAUGCAGUCCAUCACUGCCAUCGCCCAUUUGCGGUCGGCCGUCAUGUACUUCAUGGAUCUCUCCGAGCAGUGCGGCUACUCCGUAUCCGACCAGAUCAAGCUGUUCAGCAGCAUCCGGCCGUUGUUCGCCAACAAGAUCGUGUUCAUCGUGAUCAACAAGAUCGAUGUCCGCCGUCCCGAAGACCUGGAGCCCGAGUACCAGCAGGAGCUCCAGGACAUUCUGAAGUCCGGUGACGUGGAGCUGCUGCAGCUCUCCUGCACCACCACCGAAGGCGUCACGAACGUGAAGAACGCCGCCUGCGACAAGCUGCUCGCCGAGCGUGUGGCGCAGAAGCUCAAGUCCGGCACCAACAGCGCCGGCACGCCCGGCGGACGUCUGGGCGACGUGCUGGCCCGUAUCCACGUGGCCCAGCCGAUGAACGGUGCCCAGCGCGAGACGUUCAUCCCGGAGGCCGUCAAGUCCCUGCAGAAGUACGACAAGGACGACCCGAACCGGAAGAAGCUGGAGCGCGACAUCGAGGAGGAGAACGGUGGCGCCGGUGUCUACAACGUGGACAUGAAGAAGAACUACCUGCUGGAGGACGACGACUGGAAGCACGACAACAUCCCCGAGGUGUACAACGGCAAGAACAUCUACGACUUCGUGGACCCGGACAUCGAGGAGAAGCUCGCCGCGCUGGAGGAGGAGGAGGAGAAGCUGCAAGCGGACGGAUUCUACGAGUCCGACGAGGAGAUCGAAGAGGCCGACGAGGCCGACCUGCGCAUGAAGGCGGACCUGAUCCGCGAGAAGCACGUGCUCAUGCGCAACGAGGCCCGCAUGCGCAAGUCGCUCAAGAACCGCGCGAUGAUCCCGCGCAGCGCCAAGUCGAAGCGGGUCGAGGACAUGGAGAAGAGCCUGACCGACGCGGGCUACGACGUCGACGCCGCCUCGGCGCGUGCCCGCUCGCAGCCGUCCCGCGGCCGCAGCACCAACCGCGACGUCGACAUGGACGACUCCAUGGACGUCGACCCGUCGGACCCGCGCCAGGCGAUCGCCAAGGCCAAGGGCCGCGCCCGCAGCCAGGCGGCCACCAACCGCCGCGACGACGGUGUCACCGACGACUUGGCGCGCACCAAGGCCGAGCGUCUGGCCAAGCUGUCUCAGAAGAAGAUGAACCGGAUGGCGCGUGCAGGCGAAGCCGAUCGACACCAGACUGCGUCUCUGGCGAGACAUUUGGUCGCCGGCAAACGUGGCAUGGGCAAGACCUCUCGGCGUUAAAGCAACCACGACACUCCAACCGACCGAGUUCCUCCAUAAUACCAAACGCAGCUACUCAUUUCGUGAUUAUGAACUAUUCGAGAAAAAAGAAGGGCGUUGCGGUGUCAUUACACAGUUUUAUCUAUUUAUUUAUUCUACAUCUGUUUUGUUUUGUUUUGCUUGGCCGUGCUUUUCCCGCUUGUCUGUGGGACGGUGAUAUCCGCGGGAUGGAUGGAUGGAUUCAUUGACUUGAUUGAUUCUCAUUGAGUGAUGAUGAGACCGGGGAGGUGAUAUUGGUAGUAGAUUGAUUGAUUGAGUGAGUGGGUGAUUGGAAUGCCUCUGGCUAGCAUUAUGAAUAUAGUCAUGACUUAUUUUC